AUGGAUACCAGAUACAGGCAAGUCCCAAGAGACUUGAGAGAAUCGAAGGAGAUGUCUUUUUCUACCUCGUCACAAACACAAUCGCUAUAUGGAGCGGCUUCUUCUCCUUACUUCUCCCAGGCCACCCCGGGUCCACGAGGAGACCGCUUCUCAAUGAGCCAGAAAGGAGACGCAUCUUUCGGUCAAACACCAACACCAUCCUCUUCAAGAGUACCCGUCAUCGGUACAGAUUACAGCUCAAGCUACGAAUACUAUGGCGAACCCAGUCAGACAGCGAGCCAAUCGCUCGUAACUCGGCCUAGCACUUCCUACACAGGUCGCACCUCUCGAACCCCGUUCCUACCCCGAAGCGAGAAACACACCAUCGUGUGUGCACUGAACGAAGGUCGCGGAAUCACGCCCACAGUUGGUGCUGCAUUCUUCAACGUAAAUACCGGCGAGGCCAUUCUCAGUCAAAUUUCCGACAACAGGUUUUUCGUUCGAACUUUGCACAAGCUACAAAUCAUGGAGCCGUCGCAUCUCCUGAUUGUCAGUUCCUGCUGUCCCCCAAAUCCAAAGUCUAGACUCUACAGCCAUAUCGAAGAGCAUAUGCCAGAUACGAAAAUCAUCCCUUUCGACAGGAGGCACUGGUCUGAAGUCGAAGGACUCGACCGUAUCCAGACCCUCGCCUUCCGAGAGGAUGCAGAGGCCGUCAAAGUGGCCAUCGAAGGAAGCUUCUUCGCCACAUGUUCUUUUUCUGCGGCGGUGGAGUUCCUUGAAGUCGAGUUUUCCCUGCGCAUCAUCCCCAACUCCCUUCGGGUGCGGUACCAGCCUUCUGAAGACACCAUGAUGAUCGACGUGUCCGCGAUUAUUUCACUCGAGAUCUUGCAGAACCUCCGUGCUUCAAAGUCCAAAGAUUCCCUGUUCGGUAUUCUCAAGCACACGAGGACGCCAAUGGGCAGCCGAGUCCUGCGUAGCAACCUCCUUCAGCCAUCGACCCUCAAGGAUUCAUACCUCGAGCCACGCUACGAUGCGUUGGAUGAGCUUCUUUCGAAUCAUGAGAUGUUUUUAGGUGUUCGGGAAGAAACAGUCAAAAAUCUCAUCUACCAGGACAUUAUUGAAGAUGUCACAUUUGUGAAGUCUGCCCUCGACCUCCGGAACCAGAGAACCUUUGCAGUGAAGUCUGGGGUCAACGGUCUUCUCGAUGUCGCCCGGCAGGCUUAUAAAGAAAAUACGAAUGACGUGCACAGCCAUUUGGAGGAGCUAAGCAAGGAAUACGGCAUCGAAGCCGACCUCCGGUAUGACACGAGCCGUAAGUAUUGGAUACGGCUACGGGCUGUGGACUUUGAGGACCGGCAAAUACCUCCGAAACUCAACCAGAGGAUCACCGAUUCUGUCGCUGAAGUGGUAAUGCAGAGCGACAAAGUGAUACAGGACCUCAUUGACAGUGUUCGGAUCCAGUUGCAGCCACUAUAUCGCGUCUGCGACAGCAUCGCUCUUCUCGACAUGAUUGCAUCAUUCGCGCACGCAAGUUCCAUCCACGACUGGAAGAGACCCGAGAUUUCAGAAACUCUGGCCCUCAAAUCGGCCAGACAUCCAAUCUUGGACAAGACUUCAAGAAGCCCAUUCGUCCCCAACGACUACUACGCCACCGAAGAGUAUCGCUUCCACGUUGUCACCGGAUGCAACAUGAGUGGAAAAACCACAUACAUCAGAAGCAUUGCCUUGCUCCAGAUCAUGGCUCAGGUUGGUUGUUUCGUGCCAGCCGAGUUUGCCAGUUUCCCUGUCGUCCACAACAUCUUUGCACGGGUCACGACAGACGAUCACAUUGAGACCAACAUGUCGACGUUUUCCUUGGAAAUGCGGGAGAUGGCAUUCAUUCUUAGUAAUGUCACCGACAGAAGUAUCGUCAUCAUUGAUGAGCUUGGCCGAGGCACGAGCACCCGGGAUGGGCUUGCUAUAUCAAUUGCCAUGGCUGAAGCCCUUAUCCAAAGUCGCGCACUCGUGUGGUUCGCGACACACUUCACAGAACUGGCUGAUAUUCUUGCCGAUCGUCCCGAAGUGCUGAAUCUCCACCUCGUCACACAGGUUUCGACAACGGCUGACGACGUGCCCAAGAUGACGAUGCUCUACAAAGUAGAAUCUGGCAAGAACAAGGAGAUCUUGUACGGUAUAACGCUUGCAAAAGCCAUGGGUUUCCCGAAAAGGUUUCUCGAGGUGGCGGAACAAGUCGCCGUUUCGUUACGUCAGAAGAGAGAACGAAACAAGCAGGGGUCUGAAGCAAGGAAAAUGCUCAACCGGCGCAAACUUAUACUCAAUCUCCACGGGCAGCUGAGGCAAGCCAGUGAUUCCGAGUUGGACGAAGAUUCGUUGAGAAGCUACCUCAUCCGGCUUCGAGAGGAGUUCAUCUUGCGUAUGGAAGCUAUCGAGAAUGGAGGUAGCGGAGAAGGAGUCGGUGGCAGUGAGGUAAGACCAGAUGACGAGGACGGUAUGUUUGAUGAUGACGACGUAUUUGAUGCCAUUGAGUUAGAGUCUUUGUCGAGUAGCUACCUUUGGGAGUCCCAAAAAGACGCGGACAUACUAGUCACGGCGGGCACGAACCAGUGGCGCCUUCAUGAAAGGGUCAUUCGCGGCAAAAGCAGUCUCAUCGACCGCAUCAUCGACACUACCGACGCGCAAGAGGGCAUCCGGAAGAUCGUCCUGAAGGAGCAUAUCUUUAAUUUCUCGGCACUUGGAGUCACUUUGAAAUUUCUCUACGUUGGAGACAGUGCUUUGAUUAAAGAAAACGAGAUCUUCGAGCUACUUUCGGUCUUCCAAACGGCGGCUGCGCUCACGAUACCAUCACUCCAACAACUCAUCGCCCCUCAGAUCGGCAGCCUUCUCAGCAACAUCCUUGGGAGCCGCAUGGAUCUUCUGGACGAUUUCAUGAUUGCAGCCGACGUCAUUGCCAGCGAGCAGGCAGAGUCAUGGGCGAUUUUGCGCCAAGAACUCCAGAAAACCAUUGGCCCUCAUCUCGGAAUGCUUUUCUCGCAGCAAGAGUUCGUGGACCUCGCGAAGAGCCAUGGAAGCUUUUGCUUUGAGACCCUAUCUACUGCAGUGGAACAGAUCAAGGCCUCUGAAAAGGACGCCGAGGCAUUCUUUGAUGCAGCCAAAGCGAAAUUCUCGUUGCCUUCGCUUGCGGAGACGAACACUUCCACCAAGUCUGGAUCCAUGAUGGAGACUGCAGUGGGACAUCUGAGAGGCGCCGCUAGGCCCGUUUCCGCAGUCAUCCUUGAUUCCCCAUCCAUCGACAACAAGCAACCCGAAAACUCGGAGUUGCCGAAGUCCGAGGGCAAAGUAGAGAAUAACGGCAGCCGACAUCUCUCCCACAUCCGUGACCAAAGCUACCCACCGGUCCGUACAGAGCCGUCCAAGGAGCCUCAGAUGCGCGAGUCCUUCUCUCCCAUCAGCGACGUUGUUUCCAACUCAGAUCUUUCAAUCAAUUGGGAGUCUUGCAGUGAGGGUGACAGUGCCUCUCCCCCGAGUGGAGAGAAGUUACAAAUUGGUGGUGUAUCGGCUUCGCCCACGCAACAAACAAGCACCUCAGUCACUCCAACCAGUCAAAAAGGCAAAGAUGAGGAGACGCCCAAUGUCUCUGGAGUUUCUGAGCGAGCCAGAACGGAAGAUGAAUUGAGUGGAUGCAACAUCUCUCAAAGAGAGCAAACUACCGCUCCGAGCCUCUCUGAGCGUCCCAGUCGCUCAUGCGCCUUCGCCGGCGCCAGUGUUCCUCGAGUGUUUUACUUCACUGGCACGACACAGUCUGAGCAGCCCGAGGUCGCAAACAUCGAGCGCCCUCCCGCCAGCCAUGCGUCUGAGGAUGCCCCUGCUCCAAGUUCAGCUCGAAGUGGGCCAAUUCGAAGCAUCGCGCCUCGCAACCCUGCUGUAAGGAACGGGCCUUCUUCUCUUGACCCUCGUACCGCCAAGCAGGUCAAGAAGGGAAAACUUGUAGUCGAUUCUACCACACACUAA